GUCAUAUUAUCGAAACUACCCUUCACACAUAUAUAAAUCUCUCUCUCCGCACUUGCUGAAACUCGAGUUUGCUGUUCGCGUCGUGACGGAAGGGGGAUCUAAAGAGCUCAGCAGUAGCUACGCUUUUGUAAGGAGGUCCGAGCUAGGAGGCCAUGGCGGGGCCGGGCAGUUCGAUGCUGUAUUCCAUCCUUCUGUUUACUGUGAUUCUAUCACUUCAACAGAUGUACAGAGGGAAGUUAGCAUCAACGGAGUUGUUUACCAUUCUUGGGGGUUUCAUUAGUUCUCUCCUAUUUCUUGCGCUGCUCACCUUCAUUGGCAAUUUCCAAGAAACAAGUGGUGUAAGGACUGGCUGGGGUGCGGUCAUUAUAGCUGAAGUAAUUGCUCUUAUUGCUGCUGGCACUGUGCAUCGAGUUUGCAUCACAACAUGUUUCUUGUUUUCCGCUUGCUUACUCUAUGAGGUCAACAAGCUUUCAGGGAUAAUGCUAACCAAAAGUGAAUCUAAAACGAAAAGGUACUGAGCGGAAUUCUACGGUUUAGGAUAUGAUGGUCUGCUGUUCUGUAAUUUUGUUGUUUACUUUCCUAAUGAGGUAUAAUUUAGAGAGAGAGCAAAAAGGAGUAUCAUUUUAAUAUGUUUCAGAUAUUUUUCAACCUUACAAACCCGAAAGAUGUUAUCUGUUGCUUGGCUGCUUGUUACAGGAUCAUCCACCUACCAUCA